CUUCUCUUUGUCGUGGGAUGUUCAUUCAAGACUGAGUCUGAAUUGAACGAGUACGCCUGGCCAUGAUGUCGGUGCAGUCUCUGCGAAAAUGGAUCAAGACAAGUGGGCUAGUUACUUAGUUAGUUAGUGUCUGUUCCACCCGUGUGUGCAGGUGCACGUAAAAUACCCUAGCAUGUUGACCCCACACAGUGCCGAGGGGCAUGGGUCAGACGGCUUCUACAAGUCGUCACGCGAUUAUACACGUAAUUAUAUACAAAGUGUAAAAUACUGUACCUCUACCUCUAUCUAGUAACUCCCUGCCCCGCUGCGACAAGUACCUCUCCUUUAAAAGAGGGACUCCCUCAUAAUACAAAACUCAGAUCUAUACAGCACGCAGCAUACGGGAUUCGCAACCAUGACGACAAGCCCGAACGCCCCAGAUCUCACUGGAAAGCUUGCUUUGGUCACUGGCUCAUCCAGGGGCAUUGGCAAAGCUAUCGCUAUUCUUCUCGCAGGACGGGGCGCCGACAUCGUCCUCAACUACAGCAGCGAUAGCCCGCCAACGGAUGUCCAAGAAGCCAUCGAAAAGCUGGGCAGGGCGUGCACGACGGUCAAAGCAGAUAUGGGCAAGCCCGACCAGAUUAUCCAGAUGGUGGAGGAGGUCAAGAAGUUCGCCGCCGAGAUGGCAGGUGUAGCAUCGAAGCAUUCAACCGGAUCAGAAGCCCAAGCGCGACCCGAACCUCGCAUUGACAUCCUGGUCAACAACGCUGCAAUCGCUCCCCCUUCCUCCCCCAUAACGAAACUCCGCGUCGCAGACUAUGAUCGCGCGAUGGACAUCAACGCUCGCGGGCCGCUCAUCCUCGUUCAGGCUCUGUAUCCCUACAUCAACGACGGCGGCCGCAUCAUCAACAUCGGGUCGGUCAGUUCCCGGCUUCAAAAUCCGCGAGGUGACAGCAUCUACGGAGGGUCCAAAGCGCUUCUCGAUUUCUUCACCCGUGCGUGGGCUGCGGAGUUUGCUAGCAGGAACAUCACCGUCAACGCUGUACUGCCCGGCGCGACGUCCACCGAUAUGCUCUAUGAGGCGAACGCCCAGCACGGUACUAAGGAGGAGCUCAACGCCAUGUUUGCAAAACAAACGCCAAUGGGCCGUGUUGGAGAUCCCGACGAUGUUGCGCAGGUGGUUGCUUGGCUCAGUAGUGAGUCUGCAAGAUGGGUCACAGGGCAACAUAUCAUGGCGAGUGGAGGGCUCGGUGUGUAGGCAAGUCGUUUCCAAGUGGUGUCAGUAAAUAGUGUAUAUGUAGGGUCUAUGGCUUAAUCAGAAGGAGGCGCACGCGGGAGGAGGCUAUCUGUAAUCACAUUCCUAGACGAAUCCUUACUUUACAUAUAUGUACAAAUCCAGAUUUACUGGGCGCAGAAGGUGUCCGGAGGCCCUCCUCAACGUCCACAAUACAAUCACCUAAGAAAGAGGCGACGUCGCGAAUCCACAACGAUGUAGCGCGGCGUGUCUCACGUGAAACCGGGGAUCUCCGUUCGCGGCCGCUUCAUUGCAGGAGCGAAGCGUUGACCCGAUCCAUUCUCCGCCUGCAUAUGCUGAGGGUGCAUGGUAUUUUGGACUGCUGAUCCAGGCGCGGACCCGCUAUGUUGAGCGAACCCUGAUCCAUUCGGCCUGAGGACAACCG